AUGUCUGUCAGCAAGGAGGUUUGCAAAGUGGUGCCAGUUGAUCUUGACAAAGAUGACAAGUUUGCCAAAGUUCGCUCUGUUAUGUGCAUGCUGAACGAGCGAUGGCUUCGUUACUUCCCAGGUGACAUUUACUUAUCCAUUGAUGAAUCCAUGGUACCUUAUUUUGGAAGGCACGGGUUGAAACAACAUAUCCAUGGGAAGCCUAUCCGAUUCGGAUAUAAAGUUUGGAUAUUAGCUACAAGGUUAGGCUACGCUAUUCAAGCGGAACCGUAUCAGGGCAAAGCGACUGGAGCAACUAUUCCUGAGCUCGGGACCAUAAGGGUAGACAGAGUUGAGGAUGCCCCUCUUCGUAAACCUCAAGAUCUCAAGAAAGAACCAAGAGGUACUUUCCAUCAAAUAACUGACACAGACACCAACAUAACACUUGUAAGAUACAUGGACAACAGUGUUUUUACUAUAGCGUCGACAGCAACAGGCGUUCAUCCUGAGGGGAAAGCAAAGCGUUGGUCCUCUAGCAAUAAAAAACACAUCGUUGUGCCACAGCCAAACUGUGUCAAUUGGUACAAUAUGAAUAUGGGUGGGGUGGAUAGGCUAGAUGAAAAUGUAUCUACCUACCGUAUUCAUAUUCGCAACAAAAAGUGGUAUUGGCCAAUGGUUGCAUACAUGCUGAAUGUGAGUAUGAAUAAUGCUUGGAUUUUAUACAGAAUGACGCCAAAAGGAGCUGAAGAACAAUUAGAUCUUCUUUGA